CCCCCUCCGCCGUCCAGGGCCCCUCCGUCCCGGCCCCGGGACCCCGGCUCCCCGCCAGCCCCGGCCCCGGCCCCGGCCCCGGCCCCGGCACCAUGUCGGAGAAGAGCGUGGAGGCAGCGGCCGAGUUGAGCGCCAAGGACCUGAAGGAGAAAAAAGAGAAGGUGGAGGAGAAGGCAAGCCGGAAAGAGCGAAAGAAAGAAGUGGUGGAGGAAGAGGAGAACGGAGCCGAGGAGGAAGAAGAAGAAACUGCCGAGGAUGGAGAGGAGGAAGAUGAAGGGGAAGAAGAAGAUGAGGAAGAAGAAGAAGAUGACGACGAAGGGCCCGCGCUGAAGAGAGCUGCUGAAGAGGAGGAUGAAGCGGAUCCCAAGCGGCAGAAGACAGAAAAUGGGGCAUCGGCAUGAGCCCCCCUGCAGUUGGGCUGGGGGUGGGAGGCCCCUCAAGGGCCUGGAGGUGGGAGUGGGAACAGACGAGUGCAGCCACUCUUCACCUGGCUCCUGGCUCUGGACACUGCACCAGAGCUGCCACCCUCUUUGCCCCCAGCCUUUCUCAUGUCCGCCUCUCCAGACACUGCCCCUUCCAUCCUUACUCUGCCAUUGUUCCACCUCCCGACCUGCUCCAUCUGAGCUCCCCAGCUGGUCCCUAAUUGCUCCUUUCCCUGUCUUUACUCUCCUCCUCUCUCCCCAUUCCCUCUGGUAGCCUCUUCCUCCUCACAUCUGCAUCCCAGCCUCAUGUCCUGUCCAUCCCUACCCUGCCUGAUCCCUGGGUCUCCCUCAGAUCCCCUCCUCUCAGACAGCGCCAGGCCGGGGUGGGGCCAGGGUUGGGGCCGAGCCCCACAGCUGCCCCCCUCCCCUCCCCUUUUUGUAUAAUUUAAUAAAGAAACGGUCGCGCUUCUGUUUUUAA